UACAUGAAGCCAUCGAACAAUAUCUUGUUCUGGCAUCUCCACCAUGUCCACUUCACCGGACAUCACAGAUUAUGUGAAUCGCGGACCUCUGACCACAACAUUCACCCCACCGACAACAUGCUUCCAGACAGCAUCCAGGGUAGUUAUGGUCUUGGGCACCAGCACAGGCACAACGACCUACUAUGGACACUGGUUUAAAGGUGAUACGGCAUGUUAUCCUACAGGGACGAUGCCCGCGAGUCUGCUCCAAGAGCCUACAUUCUGGGGAACUUAUUUGUAUUCUCCAGGGCUGCAUUGUCCCAGAGGUUGGUCCACUGCAGGACAAAUAACCGGAUCGUGGCAGGAUCUAGAUGUAACCGGCAGCACCAGCGGUGCCAUCUGUUGCCUAUCGGCUCUGAGCUACUACGCCAAAAACCAUCAAUGCAGACGUAUUCUCUCCGAGUCUGCCACCCUCACAUUUUCCCAUGCCGGCGUGGUGAAGACGACUGUGCUGGAUACUACUCUCAGCGUCUAUGCGGACGGAAUCCCGCUGAUCUGGGAGUCGUCGGACCGUCUAUCCAUAGCAGAGCCGACGCCACCACAUGGCGCAACAACACAACGCACAGCAUCCCAGCCAACCUCCACAACAUCAGACAGCAGCCUACCCAGCAGAGGUGGGCUCUCGCAAGGAGCCAAGAUCGGUAUCGGAGUUGGCGUGUCCGGGACAGUGAUCCUCAUUGCCGCCGUGAUCUUCUUCCUCUUUUUACGUCGGGCAUAUCGAAAGACGAUGCCAAUGGAAAUGCCAGUGCCAGUGCCCAUGUCGCAGUACAAAGUACCUACAGAGCUUCCUUUGCAAGAGCGAAAGGCAGAACUCUCAGCAAUAAACAACUCUCACCAUCACACGCCAUAUUCACGAAACAAAAGUCCCUCUGAACUGCCUUCAGAUUCUCUGAAUAAUCCAUCUAGUCUGUCUACAGAGUAG